AUGUCUCAAUGGCCCCCCUCCCGAUGUCAUAGCGUCUAUACAUUAGAAGCGGAUAUGAAGAGUGACGUUUCUUCUGGCGCACCAAAGAGCCAGGGAAACCUGAAGGGGAUCCUCUUGAACCCUCCACCCUCCGAGGCGGCCAAAAACUUCCCCAGGGAAGAAGUUGAGAUGAUUGCUAGCAAAGUGGGGGACGAAUUCUCCCACCUCUGUGAGGACACCCAGAAGCAGAAGGACCUGAACGGAAGUCGUCCCACGCAAGAAGCCAUUGUUGUGAGUAAGAAACACAAGAGCCAGCAGGCUGGCCCUUCCUAUGCUCCGAACUGUGGGGGCAAAGAGACACCCCCCAUUUUAGGGACUAGGCGGCACCUUGAAACACAAAGCGAGGACGACUCUUCUUUUAGCGACUGUGCCUCUUCGCCUUCAUCCAGCUUGCAUUUUGGAGACUCGGACACAGAAACUUCAGACGAGGACAAGGAGGCGGCUCCCAUGCGGCAGGCUCGGGCUGUCUUCAAUGCCUCCAGUAGAAUCCACGGUUCUCGGCCACAAAAGUGGCCCCGGACAGAGGCGGACUCCGUCUCAGGGAUAUUACUGAAAAGGCCCUGUUUCCACAACAGUAGUUCUCGGAGAAGACUUCCCUAUAGGAAGCGGUUUGUGAAAACUAGCUCUGCGCAACGAACACAGAACCAAAAAGAGCGGAUUUUAAUGCAGCGGAAAAAAAGGGAAGUCUUAGCUCGGCAGAAGUAUGCUUUGCUGCCCAGCUCCAGCAGCACCACUGAGAACGACCUCAGCAGCGCCUCCUCGUCCAGCUCCUCCACCGAAGGAGAGGAGGAGCUCUUUGUGUCAGCUGGGGAGAACCACCAAACCAGCACUGCGGUUCCCUCAGGGAGCCUUGAUGAAGAUGUUGUGGUGAUUGAAGCGUCUUCAACUCCCCAAGUAACUGCCAAUGAAGAAAUCAAUGUUACCUCAACAGACAGUGAAGUAGAGAUUGUCACUGUGGGAGAGAGCUACCGAUCUCGAUCCUCGCUUGGGCACUCUAGAGCCCACUGGGGCCACAGCUCGGGUUCCCAUGCUGCACGGUCAGCAGAGCAGCGAAACCGCAGCCGAGUCUCCACGGUUAUCCAGCCCUUGAGACAGAAUGCAGCGGAAGUCGUGGACCUCACGGUGGAUGAAGACGACCCAGCAGUGGUGCCAACCACCUCCUCCAGAGUGAAUGUUCAGGCUGCCAGUGCUGCUUCUGAGAGCGGCCCCCCCGCCCCCUCCUCAGAGCAGGUCCCCGGAGGAGCCUCGAGCAUCUCCAGCAGCCAGCCCUCCUCGCAACCGGAGCUCUCGGCUCUCCUGUCCAACAGCAGCAGCGCAGCUGGUAUCUCCACAAGAGAUGGCACGAGAGGAAAUGCCUCCAAUCACGCUCUGGAACCGGGGCCCCCAGCCAUGCCCAGGCUGCCCUCCUGCUGCCCCCAGCAUUCUCCCUGCAGCGUCUCCUCGCAGAACCAGCAUGUCCUGGGCCCGCCUCCCACCAGCUGUUUUCAGCAGCACAGCCACCACUUCCAGCACCACCACCAUCACCACAGCCCCCACGCUGGCGUCCCCCUUUCGCCCCCCUUCAGCGACUCCAGCUGUCCCGUCGACAGGCCUCCCCCUGUUCCGGCCCCCGGGGGGCCCAGCAGCAGCGCUGGCACUGCCUUCCAUGACCAGCAGGCCCUGCCGGUGGAUCUGAGCAGCAGCGGCAUCAGGAAUCCCGGGGGCGGCUCCUUCCAUGGCGCUUCGGCCUUCGACCCCUGCUGCCCGGGCUCCUCCUCCCGGGCCUCCUUGUAUGGGCACCAGGCGGGGGCCGCUGCCAGUCAGCCCAUCAGCAUGGAUGGCUACAGCCCAAGCAUGGUCCCCCAGCCGCCGCCGCCCCCCACCCAGACUGCUCUGUCCUCCUGCCGCCAUUACCUGCACUCGCCUUAUGCCUCCUUGACGCGGCCCCUCCACCCUCAGGCUGCAGCUUGCCCCCAUUCCCAUGGCAAUCCCCCUCCCUCGGCACCCCCUCAGGUCCCCCCUCAGGUGGACUACGUCAUCCCUCACCCCGUCCAUCCAUUCCACCCCUCCAUCUCCUCCCACACCUCUUCCCACCCGGUCCCGCCCCAGCCCUCCCCUCACCCGCUGGCCAACGCAGCGGCCCCCAUUCCUCAGCCCCUCCCCAGCGCCCAUCCCCUCCCUGCGGCCGUCCCCUCAGCCCAGCGGCUGCACCCUCACGAGGUGAUCCAGCGGAUGGAGGUCCAGAGGAGGCGCCUGAUGCAGCAUCCAACAGCUGUCAGCUUUUUCUUCCCCUCCAGGCGAGCACACGAGCGGCCACCCCCACAUCCUCACCGGAUGCAUCCCAACUACGGCCACGGCCACCACAUUCACGUGCCACAGACCAUGUCUUCGCACCCUCGACAAGCGCCGGAGAGGUCGGCUUGGGAACUGGGCAUUGAAGCAGGUGUGACCGCAGCCACCUACCCGCCGGGCCCGAUGCACCCACAUUUGGCCCACUACCACACACCCCCUCGGCUUCAUCACCUGCAGAUUGGUGCUCUUCCCUUAAUGGUUCCUGACAUGGCGGGCUACCCUCACAUCCGUUACAUUUCAUCGGGAUUGGAUGGAACUUCAUUCAGAGGCCCUUUCAGGGGCAAUUUUGAGGAAUUAAUCCAUCUGGAAGAACGUUUAGGAAAUGUGAAUCGCGGAGCUUCCCAAGGAACCAUUGAAAGAUGCACUUAUCCCCACAAGUAUAAAAAGGUAACAACUGAUUGGUUCUCACAGAGGAAACUACACUGCAAACAUGAUGGGGAAGAAGGAACUGAGGAAGACACCGAGGAAAAGUGUACCAUAUGUUUAUCUAUAUUAGAGGAAGGGGAAGAUGUCAGACGCCUUCCGUGUAUGCAUCUCUUCCAUCAAGUGUGUGUUGACCAGUGGUUAAUUACAAACAAGAAGUGCCCCAUUUGCAGAGUGGACAUUGAAGCUCAGCUGCCCAGCGAAAGUUGACAGGCUUUGGCCUCCAACU